GAGAGAGUUGCAGCAGCCCUACGAGGAAGAGAGAGAGGGAGAGUGCUAAUGUGUUGAAGAAGGAGGGGGUGUAGAGAAGAGGUGCACUCAAUCACUACUGAGCCACUUCAGCUCACAUCUCAAACCCAGCAGCUCCCUCUCUUCUCUCUUCCUCUUCUCCUCUGUUCUGCUCCUCUCUUCCAGGUGAAUGAACGAAUACAGCCUGAGAGAGAGAGAGAGAGAGAGAGAGAGAGAGAGAGAGAGAGAGAGACAGAGAGAGAGAGAGAGGGAGGAAACACAAGGCAGCAAUACAGGAGGUUAGUAAUCAGCUUGGCGAGUUAGCAGCUUGUUUCCUGGAGUGAGUCGUCCCAGCUGAGCACCGUGGAGAGAACAGGAACCAAUCAUCUCUUCUUGUGUAUCUGUCCAGACAGAGAAAAGUGGGAUAGCAGGAGCUCGUUUUUGGGAAGAAAGCUGGACCACAGAUCCUCUGCCAACUGAAAGAGGAGCAGCACCAGAAGCAGACAAGAAGAAGAGAAACAUACCGUGGAGUAAUUGAAGAGAGUUUGACAACUUCAAGAAGAGAAACAUACCGUGGAGUAAUUGAAGAGAGCUUGCACCUGAUGGAAUGAGAAGAGACUUAAGACACACAAAGAAACUGAAAGAGAAAGUCAAGGAGAGAGAGAGAAAGAGAGACCCUUCUGGUUAAUCAAGAUAAGACUCUUUCGGUGUUCUUCUCUGCUCUGCCAAGUGUGACAACCCUCCAUCUCCCCUCUCCACCUCCCCUCAUCCUUCUCCCUCUCCUACCCCUGUCCUCAUCUCACCUGAGAUGGGCCGGCUGCUGGCCCUGGUCUACCUGGUGUACCUGUCGACUGCAGUGAUUGGCUCAGAGAAACAGCAGCACCGGGUGCAGCAUGGACCCUGCAGUUACACCUUCAUUCUCCCCGAGGUGGAACACUGCCAGCCCCUCAAAGACUUCCAGGUCACCAACUCCCUCCAGAGGGAUUCCCCACCACCGCCACCACCGCCAGCCCCAGACCCAGGAUCGAGUCACCCUGAGCAGGCCAAAGCCCAGCCCACUACUAGGUCCUCAUGGCAGGAGAGGAAGAUGGAGAGUCUGGAGAGCUCCACAGAGAAUAAUACACAAUGGUUGCAGAAGCUGGAGAGGUCCAUCCAGGAAAACCUGCGUUCUGCAAUGGAGGAGAUGAAGAGGAACGCUGUUCACACCCAGACGGCGGCCAUGUUGGAGAUCGGGACCAACCUCCUCAGCAAAUCAGCUGAGCAGACCCUCAAACUGACAGAUGUGGAGACCAAGGUGCUGAACCAGACCAGUAGAAUGGAGAUUCAGCUGUUAGAGUAUUCUCUGUUCACUAACCGUCUAGAGAAACACGUCCUCCAGCAGAAUCAGGAGAUCUCACGACUCAAUGAUAAAAGCAGUUUGCUAGAGCAAAGGUUCUCAGCUUUAGAGGCCGGGCACGUUAAGGAGCUCCAGGAUCUUCAGAGGGAGAAACAGCAGUUGCAGGACAUGCUGGAGAGACAGAGGCGCCUGGUCACCCAGCUAAAUGGAGAGCUGGGGACCUCCACACACAACAGCACACUACUGCAGAAACAGCAGGCUAUACUGACUGACACCGUGCAGCAGCUGCUAGCCAUGGUCACCCACUGCAAUGAUAUACCCACUACACCCAAAGAGGAGCCAGUGAUCCACAGAAACUGUGCUGAAAUCUUCCGAUCUGGGCUCACAGAGAAUGGUGUCCACAGCAUACGACCCCCGAACUCUACCCGCACAGUGAAGGUGUUCUGUGAUAUGAAGACGAGAGGUGGGGGCUGGACUGUGCUGCAGCAUCGUAGAGACGGAGCCGUGGAUUUCCACCGUGGAUGGAGGGAUUACAAGAUGGGUUUUGGGGAUCCCUCGGGAGAGUACUGGGCAGGAAAUGACCUCAUCCACCUGCUGACCAUCUCCCAAGAGUACAGUCUCCAGGUGCAGCUGAAGGAUGCUGAGGGGAACGAAGCUUACUCCCACUAUAAUCACUUCUACAUAGACGCAGAGAACAAAAACUACAGUCUCCAUGCCCAGGGGUUCAGUGGUACCGCCGGCCGCACCAGCAGUCUCACCCAGCCUGGGACCCAGUUCAGCACCAAGGACCGAGACAACGACCGCUGCUCCUGCAAGUGUGCCCAGAUGGCUUCUGGAGGUUGGUGGUUUGAGGCGUGUGGUCCAUCCAACCUGAACGGUAUCUACUACUCUGGCGUCUCCAACGUGGUCCGUUACAACGGCAUCAAGUGGUACUACUGGAAGGGACCCAGCCUCAUGACUACAGUGACCACCAUGAUGGUUCGACCCGCAGGCUUCUAAAGGCAUAACGGCGGCGAUCGUCGAUGACGUCACCCCGACUGACUAAAUCACAGACUGAUAUAUGAGCGCUUCUCGAAUAAGGAUGUUUUGCCAGACAUGUGGAAUAUGAUACCGGAGGUUUUUUAGAGGUUUUUAAUUGACUGUGUUUGAAAAGAACAGAUCUGUUAUUUUCUGAAAAUGUAUUCUGUCUUAGAAACGUUUCCCGCUGAGAUGGCACACAGGCCACCGUAAAUGUGUGUUUUAGAAAUGGGAUUGUACAUAUAUUGUAGAUGCAUAAUGGCAUAUUAUGGCUUACUGCUACUCCACUUUCACUGUCCAGAAAACGUUAACAGCAAUUCUUCCUGACUGUUUCCCGCCACUCAGAGAUGCAAAACCCUUUUUUUGUAAAACCCUUUUUUUAAAGGAGAUAAUUAUUCUCAUAAAAGUGCAUGAUAAAUAAACACAGGAGUUUCUACAAGCUUAUUUACUUUCCCAACUGUAUAUUUGUGAUAGAAGGUAAAAAACAUUAUUUUACAGAAAAAAUAAGCGAAAUAAAAUAA